AUGUCCUCGAUUAAGGAAAUAUGGGUGAAGUCUAAUCACUUAACGGGCAUGCUCCCGAGUGAUAUGUGUGAUAAUGUUUCGACUCUUGAGGUGCUUGCAUUGCGAGACAAUCAAUUGGAGGGCUCGAUUCCACCGAAUAUAGGCGAGUGCAGAGCGCUUCGGAUCUUGUGGAUAUCACUCAACCGAUUUAGUGGCGAAAUCCCAAGUGAAAUUGCAAGAUUGAGCAUGCUCGAAGAGUUGUAUUUGGGGGCUAACGAGUUUAAAGGAGGAAUUUCGCGAGAAAUUGGAAAACUUUCACGGCUACAGAUAUUAGACAUCAGCCGCUGCUAA